GUGAAGCUCCGGCCUUUGUCGGUUUGGGACCUGGGAUUCUGGUUAGCACAAAGGGAAGCCUAGUGGGUCUGGCGCUUCCUUUUCAAGGCACUUGGAGUCCGUCUUUGUGUUAGGGGAAAGGUCAUGGCCCGGAAAACUCCUCCUGCCGCCCAGCCUGCUCCUGACGCGCCAGCUGCCCCAGGCACCCCAGGUGCUCCAGGCGACCCCGCUGCCCCUGAUGCCCCCGCUGCUGCAAAUGCUCCAGCUGCUCCAGGUGUUCCAGGUGCUCCAGCUGCCCCGGGUGCUCCAGCUGCCCCGGGUGCUCCAGCUGCCCCAGGUGCCCCAGCUGAGGCGCCACAAAAGCCUACACAGACACCAGAGGAACUAGCGUUUUAUGCCCCAAACCACAUAUGUUUGACCGUCUUGGCUGUAUUUUUAUUCCCUCCGCUUGGACUUGCAGCUGUGUACUUCUCUUACCAGACUACGAAGGCCAACCAGAACAGCGAAUGGGAAGAAGCUUACGCCAACUCAGGCCGAACUGGUUGGCUGGGUGCAUUCGCAGUAAUGAUCGGCUUAGGCAUCAUUUAUGGCUUGGUCCUAUAUUAUUGAAGGCCAGGCAUAGUAACCCAGGGGUCCGCUCCCCAACCAAGCCACCCACCAAAAGACUAACCAGCCAAGUCAGCCACCAAGCAAGAAACUCAACCGCUGAGACAUCUUCUAGCCAAGAAACCCUCCAACCAAGGAACUCAACAUUCAAGAAACCUACCAGCUCAGGAACACCCAGACCGCCUGCCUGUACUGCUUCUACUCACUCGGCUCCCGAGCUGUCUUUAUCCACCCUAGGGGUUCCACACUAAAUGCCCUAGAUCCCUUUAGCUCCUUGACACUGGGCUGUUCUUCCAGAGAAUCUUGAAACCAAAAAAACUGGAAUGGAA